AUGGACUUCCUCCUCCCACUUGCAGCUGCGUUGACUGCUCUCAUACUACUGCUGCUUUAUCAACGAUGGUGCAAUCUUCGAUCCUCACAACUAGCAGAGUCAAUCACCGGUACAAGUCCCGUCAUUGAGAAGGAUCCGUACGAUGCCAUCGAGCCACCAUCGCCGGGGUUCGAUUGGGCCACCACAUCUCAGAUCAAGCUUCGAACAUUCAGGCCCAAGUACCACCUGACAAUGUCGCUGGAGAAUGUAACGAUGAGCGACUUUCUCGAAAUGGACGAGAGCUACCUUGACCGGCUUGCACUACGCAGAGAGAUCAUGGACGACAACCCUGAAGCGACAAGGCAAUGCAACGAAGUAGCUAAGCCAGCUGUUCUCGAAUUGUACGACUGGAUAGUAUCAGCAUAUCUGCCGCGGCGAUACCCAAUGGUCUAUAAGCCAACAAUGACGGCCAACGGAAGACGAUUGCACAACAUAGCAACCGGCAAAGACAUCCCGACGACUUCGACCUCUCCCAUUUCAGCCCUCUAUACAUUAGGCGAGAACAUCGACACUGACUUCCUCAUCCUUCUGCCAUCGUCAACAGCGGUAGAUGGCUCACCAAUUUAUCAUCUCGAAGCUUUCGUAACAUGUUUCCCAUCCGGCUUCAGCACGAAAGAGAAAUGCGGCAUGCCCCUUGCUACCAUCCACGCUCCAGUCCCCGGCUAUGCCGCGAAGCUCGAAAGAUCCAUGGAUCGGUUCUUCGCCAAGCUGGAAGUCGGGAAGAUCGUCAAGCGUGCAAACUGGAGCAUUUCUACCGACGGUGUACUGUUCUGUGAAGGCGGCAAUCACAUGUACGGCGAUGAGGACAAGUCGAAACCACCUAAUGCUGCAACACUGCAGGAGGAGAUCGAAAGACAGAAGUUGGAUGUAGUGGUUGAGAAAUGCUGGCUACGCUGUGAGAGGCAGACACUGCAUCGACUGCCCCAGACGAAGGCGCUGGUCUUUGCGUUCAAGACUUAUAUGUAUAAGCUAUCGGAGAUCAAGGAGGAAGGGCUCGGGCCGGAUCUGGCAGAUGCCAUCGAUGGGCUGGGUCUGGGCAAUGUGCCUGAGAUGAAGGUCUACAAGCGUGGCGUUGUCUGGGGCGAGAAGAUCCAGGAGUAUCUGCGCAGCCCUUGA